GUUUUGGACUUUAUUCCGUCGCUGCCGCAGGUCUUACCAGGUCCGUCUUAGAUUACUAAGUUCCUCCAAGUUUACGCUACUGUAACUGCGCGGCAAUAAAUAAUAAUCUUCAAGGACAGGGAAGUCCUUCUCUCUUAGCUGGCUUAAAAAAUAAAAAUUCGCUCGCCAUCGAAGAUCGGAGUCGAGCAAAUCUCCGCAGGACGAUUAGCGUUCGCUUCAUCACGUGCGCUGUUCGCGCGCGAGCAAACAUAUACACGCCCACGCCCGUGUACAGAAUCGCGUGCAUGAAUAUUGAGUAGAAGGAGGUUAUCUAGUAAAACCGGCAGACAGAAAAGUCCAGCCGAUAGCUGCGCGAGUGACAGUGCGAUCCACGAUUGUAUGCGCGCGUGAUUUCGCUCUUGACGCACCGCAACGUGUAUCUUGAUCAAGAGACGCGUCGCCGAUCCUGUAUAUCUCGGAUGAAAUACUAGUAGUACCACCGUUCCGUCCGUGUGUUAUCAUGCCGCAGGACAACCAAAGGAUCAGCAACGGCGUUGGGUCGGAGACGAUCACGACAAAGCACCAGCAGGACGACAAACCCGAAAAAGAUUCGGGGGAUCAAGGGACCCACGACGAGCAAGAGGCUGAUGUCAAGGAGGAUUUAGAGUUUCGCAAGGGUACCGACGAGAUGCCCGAGCUCAAGGAUGAUCAGCUGUUACGGGAUGACGAGCAGAUAAGUCUGGAUUUCAAUGUGCCACCAGAAGUUAUGGAAUAUGCAAAAAGAGAGCUCGGGGAGACCGAUGAAAUCAAAUGUCAAACACUACAGGAAUUACGUGAUAUGAUCUACGAAAGAGGUGAGUGUUUGCCGCACAGGAUGGACGACGAUUUUCUCAUCAGAUUUCUUCGCGCCAGAAACUUUAAUCUAAAAAGAGCGCACAGACUGAUGGUGAAUUAUUACAACUUCAAAGAGGAGCAUCCGGAGAUCCAUCAACAGAUGAACCCGACGGAGAUGAGGUACAUAGGCGAUGACGAUAUAAUCACGGUACCGCCGUACAGGACCCAGUGCGGCAGACGUCUGCUGAUCUACCGGAUAGGUAAUUGGAAGCCGAGUAAAUAUCCUGUCGAGGAGCUAUUCAAGGCCACGACCUGCGUGCUCGAGCUGGGCAUCCUCGAGCCCAGGGCGCAAAUUAUGGGCGGUAUCGUCAUCUUUGACCUCAAGGACAUCACCAUACAACACGCAUGGACCGUGACGCCUCAGGUGGCAACUAUGAUGCUAUCUCUGAUGGUGACCGCGUUUCCCAUAAAGAUACACGAGUUGCACAUUCUCCAUCAAUCGUGGAUUUUUGACACGAUCUUCGCGGUCUUCAAACCGCUGAUUGACACCAACAUGCGAAAUAGGAUAUUCUUCCACGGCAAUGACUACAAGAGUCUUCACAAGCACGUCUCGCCCGAGUAUCUACCGAAGAUUUACGGCGGUAUAAGAAACGAGAUGCCUUACUACAAGUGGAUCGAAGCAUUGAUCAGGGAUCCGAAAAUCGUCGAUCAGAUGAGCAAGAUGGGAUACGUUCUUACGAAUGACAUCCUCGAGUCCUUCAAGUAAAACCAAUUCAGGAUUCCGAGGAUUUCAACAUUGAAAUCACAUUAUUUUCUAUACAUUUAUCACGCUACAGCAGUUAUUUGCACGUUUUUAUUGUUAGAGCGCUUGCUUUUUCUUGCUAUUAUCUUUCUCAAUUUGUAUCGGUUGGGAUAUAUACAGCAUGUCUCGGGACAUUUAGUUUUAGUUUAUCAAUUAAUUAUAAACAUAAUAUAAAACGAACAAUUUUUUAUAUUAUUUAUAUUUGAUAUUAUAUAUGUUGGUAGCUCUAAGUUUUUCAAGAAUAAAUAUUUCGAUACAAAUCAAAUGGACGAGCAAUCAUCUGUAUUAAGUUACACGUUGCUUGAAUAUUUCGCGCAUGAUAACUUCGCAAUUAUAAUUAUCGUGCCUUAUCUAAUAGCGUACGCCUAAUGGCAAACUUGCGAUAAGA